GUUUUUGUAUCGACAUAGCAACUCAACUUAAAAAUAAAAAUCCAUUUAUUUUGAAACAUCAUUGUAUUUCUUAUAAAUUAGCAUUAGAUGCAAAAGAUGUAGCAAAACAAGAUGAAGAAUUUAAACAAUAUAAAAAAACUGUAUAUAAUAUUUAUAGUUAUUUUUCACGAAGUCCAGAACAUAUGAUGCAUCUUAGAAUAAUAGAAAAAGAUCUUGAUGGAGUUGAACCAUUUUGGAGAACUCAUUUGUGCAAAUAUAUGAAUGAUUAUAAUAUUAUAGCAGAAGAAUUACCUAUUAUUAUUACAAAAUUUGCAUAUGCUUCAAUUAAAUCAUUAGAAAAGAUUUCCAAACUGAAUUCAAGUUGA